UUUAAUAUUUAACUGUGGGGAGCUGGUGUCAGGAAGAAGCUGGCCAGGGAGGAGGAGGAGGAGGAGGAGGAGAAGAGAGAGAGAGAGAGAGAGAGAGAGAGAGAGAGAGAGAGAGAGAGAGGUGUUGGGGCAUCACAAACAAACGGAGAAAUGCAUUUAUGGGCAUUAUAACGACUUCAUCAGUAAAAGUGACAGCAAUUUACAAAGAGGUGUUCAACAUGUGAGACCUUGUUAUUGGGACGCAUUCGAUGGAUUACAAGUGAUGUGUAUGGAGUUGGAAAACAUACAUGGAAAUUGGGAAGAAGCAAAGAUACAGGAUAUAAAAAAUUAAAUAAUAAGUUUGCAAAGUCCUGCUGUGUGCUGCUGUUAUGGGAAGUGGCAGCAGUAAGAGCAGGAGACGGGCCACCAAGGCUUGCAGCCACCAGCCACUGGACGCUACACAGUUAUCCAGAGGAAACUGUAUUAUAGAGGGGAGAGUCGCCUGUGACCAGGAAGAAAGACAGAAGGAUAAAGGAAUCCCUGCUAAGAGUAAUGUUCCUACUAUGGAUAGUGAGGGAGCGAGACUCACUCCCAUUGAUACAGAUCUGCAGUUACUAGAUGAUGUCCUGGCUGAGUCUGAGAGCUGCCUGUCUUGGCAGGAGUCCACGCGUGAAAGGCAGACGAUGAGGAAGUCACCUCGCACUAACUGUAACCCAGGAUCAUUGUCACAAGUCCAGGAAAAUCACAGCCAGGAUGAAGCGGUCCUCAGGAUGCUACACGACACACCAGAGCUGGAAACACCGUCUCCUGAGGGGGGAGAGUUUCAGAACAGGCAUCAAACGACGAGUGACAGCAAAAGAGCUGACGUAAGCAAAAGCAUCUUAGAUACGGAAAACAACAACCUCCUCAAGUGUCCACACACAUGUCCUGCCGACACGGACACACCAGCCCUUGUCAUGUAUGAUGACACAGAAGAAACCUUGAUGGACAGCAUUGAACAAGAGUUUUCACAAUUACAGCCCAACACCCCUGUAUGUUGUUUAAACAUAUGAAAAGGACGACCAAAAGACCAUGGAGAGAUGCCCUACUCCUGAACGGAACUACCUACUGUACACCUACUUUUUUUUUGUUUUUUUGCUUUGUGGUCAUUCAAGUUAUUUUGCCAAAUGCAAGAUUCUCCCACUGUGCUAAUACUAGUGGCCUCUCCUUUUAUGUGCACUAAAGCUAAUGUUGAUAAUUGAUAUAUGUUAUAUUUUUCAGAACCCUUUACACUAGAAACUAGAACUAUCUCCUAAACUGGGAUUAUUUCAACCACUUUAUUUCCCGAGCAGCCACAAUGUGCAGUUCUGCAUGUUUUUUUAUGCUUGCUUGGAAAAGAAAGUAAAUGAGGAAUAGUUUUGUUUUAUUUAAUAAAAAAAAUGACAAGGGUUGUUCUAGUCUAGAAUUUCCCGCCUGGGGUCUUGUUAGUUCCAGUCUGUUAAUGACCAUGCCAGUUAUAUAUGAUGUCUAACCUGGGCAUCUGAUAGCUACAGCUUCAUGCUCAUAACAAUCAUUCCACCAGUGUUAACGCUCAGAUGCUACUUAACUAUGACGUAGAGAAUGCCAUUGUUUUUAUGAUCAAUUUGACAGUUGCAUUGUUUGCAUUGUGUAUGUGGCUUUAGCAAUACUUAUGGCAGGUUACGACUGUUUAGGCAGAGAUACAUGCUAGAAGUUUUGAACAUAUAAAUAUUUAAAAUGUUACAUUUACAUUCCAAUAGUUUGUGAAAUAUUGAUCAAUGACACAGUUUAGAAUUGCCAUAGUCCCAUGGAUGAACCAUGUAAUAAGUCAACGUAAAAUAACCAAAGCACCAUCGAUUUAACAUGUCAUACGUUUUGUUAAAAACAUUCGGUGGGCGCAUUUGUAACGUGUAUACGUUUCCUAUUCCUUAUGCAGCAAUAAUUGUAAUUUCCGAAAAUAAUUCAUAUAAAGUAAUAGACAAAGAUUCCAGAACUGCAUGGAACCUGCAGUGUAGUACAGAGAGAGAGAGAGUGUGUGUGUGUAUAUAAAUAUAUACAGUAUGUACGUAUGCUGUGCCGGCAGGAGGCAUCCACAAUUUCUGCAAACAUGCUGAAAUUGUUGUGCGACCGCAAUUUCAGCAUGGUCGCAGAGGGGGGCGGAGGCGGUUAGCAUGCUGGGUGGCCUUGCCUUGUGAUGGGCGGCCCCCAGCAUGUGAGCAAAAGGAAUGCAAAUUCUGCUAAAAAAACAGAAUUUGCAAUCCUUACUGAAUAGGGUCCUAUAUGUAUAUAGAUUCAUGUUUACAUUUGUUCUGUGUUGUUUAUUUAAUUUGUUAGUCUGAUGCUGUUAAUUACAAUGUAUUUAUGUGAAUAGGGACAAUAGUGUGUAAUAAAACCCUUCCACUCA